AUGGAGACUGCCCACUCACAGCACCAUACCUACGGCCCCAACUGUCGCCUCGCUCCCGUGAUCGAGCCCAGCCCCGAAGGCCCCCUCCUGGCUGGCAUCCCCCCUAUAAACGCCCAGUUCUUCUAUCACAGCCUCGUGCCAAUCGAUGACCCCCUCUCCACCGCCACCUCCGCCACUACAGCUGACGGGCGGCCCGCAAAGGGCGUCCUGAGGCCCUUCUCCCACGCCGACAACAAUGCUCUGGAAGCCGCCUGGCUGAGUCUCGCCGUCGACGACCACAGGAACAACCACGAUGCCUCCCUCAAGAGCCGCCGCCCCGGCCCCGCCCUGGCUGCCAACAACGCCAGGAAGCUGGACGCCAUCGUCGACCAUCUCAUCCGUACCCACAAGGAGAAGCACUCCCAGGACACACGUGCCCCUCCUCUAGAGCCCCCUCUGGAGCCCCUGGCAGGCGCAGGCCUGAGUGUGUGCUGUCAAGAGCUCCUCAUCGAUGCCUCAAACAGGCUCCGCGAGGUCUUCUGCGAGGUGUCGAGGGAGAGCCAGCCAUCGCUGAGCCAGAAGCAUGUCGUCGCCAAGGUCAUGUCUGCGAUGGAGGAUGGCCGGCCCAAUCCUGCUGCCACCGCUGUUAUGCCGAUUACGGCCCCCGCCAUGCCCGCCUCCUCUCCCCGGACCGAUGCAUUCGUCUCUCCCGCCUUGUCUACCUCGGCAAGGGGCCGCGCUUCGUCCCUUGCCUCCAACCCGGCCGCCAGCCGCUCAGCGUCUAUUGGGAGUGCCGCCAGACUGGCCCCCUUCGGCACCCCGCCCCAGCUCGAGAAGUCCGCCCUCAGGCCGCGUCCCGCUUAUCCCCAGGUGACCGACGGCAUAUCCGGGCGGCCUUUCGUGAGGGUGGGAGACCCUGAUGGCGAGGUAGCCCCAGAACCUGGCCAGCUUCGUGACUCCCGCCCUGACCUCCCUAGAGACAAUGCCACAGGCGAGCAACAUUUCGGCGCCAGCGAGGUCCCGUCGGACACCGUGCCUACUCCUACAGGCGGAAUGGGCAUUUCCGAACUUGAGCCCCGCGUCGUUGAGGUCUCGGUAGGCCUGUCGAGGCUGCAUGAGGUAUCUCUGCCCGUCCUACAGAUGAAGCCCAUAUACUGGUCUCCCGUCAACGACAUUGCAAUUGUCUCCAGAUCGACUUGGUUCUACCGCGAUACCAUGGUGCCUGUCGAGCCCAGCAUCGCAAAUCAGUUGGAGGCGGGCUAUCGAGAGUUGCGAGUAUUCAGCCAGGAAUGGCAAGAGGAGCUUCGUUGCGCAGUCGAAGUCGGUCCUUUGGGUGAGGAGAAGGUGUCAUUCCCGCUGUGGCCUGGAACGACCACUCCCGUUGAUGCAAAGGAACAAGAUCAAAGAAUAUCCAUCGCAUCCGACCCGUUCUGUGCCGCCCGGUGUUUCCGGGGCGAAGCGGCCGCCGAAGGAACUCUCGAGCCUGUGAAGGCCAGACAGGGCGAGUCUACUGGGAAUCCGGCGCAGGGGCGAAGCUACCAGUUUCAUCACGUUCUUUACAGAAAUGAGAGAGCGGCAUUCCUACUAAAACCAAGCCUCAAACCGUCUGCCUACUACGGGAGGCGGCCUCUCCAAAAGAUAAUGAAGGGGUUGACUGUUGGCAUUCCAGUCAUCAGAGGCUUCGAUCGAGACAGUUGGGGUGAGCUGCAUGAGAAGAAGAAACAGGUCCGCAAAGAGGAACCUCGGAAGUCUGUCGAGACCGAAGCUUCACGGCCGGGAAAUUGCCCUGGCUGCAAGGCAGAGGAAGACCGUGGACAGGUCACAGACCUUGUCCUUGUCGCCCAUGGAAUUGGGCAGAAGUUUGCCGAACGGGUGGAAAGCUUCCAUUUUACCCAUGCUAUCACCGCAUUUCGUCGCUCGAUAAACAUCGAGCUUCGAAACCCCGGGGUCAAGUCAGUUCUGCGCGAGGGACACAGCGGGAUCAUGGUCCUUCCUGUGAAUUGGAGGCUUUCCUUCGAAGACGGGGGCCCUUUGACCGACGCGGACAAGGCGACCUCGGCUUCCGACAACUUUGGUCUGAAGGACAUCGAGCCGAACACGAUCCCGGCGGUGAGGAGCCUGAUAUCAGAUGUCAUGUUCGAUAUUCCAUUCUACAUGUCCCAUCACAAACCCAAGAUGAUAUCCGCACUCGUCACAGAGGCAAACCGCGUUUAUCGGUUGUGGUGCCGCAACAAUCCAGACUUCAACCGCAAAGGAAGGGUCCACCUUAUCGCUCACUCCCUUGGGAGCGUCAUGGAUACGGUUGCGAAAGACGUGGUGCGCGAGGAGGGUGUAUUUGGCUGUCUCGCAGUCAACAACAUCUACAACGUCUUAGCCAAAGAAGACCCUAUAGCUUACCUUCUGAACGGAACCAUCGAUCCGAUGUAUGCCGAGAGCUUGAAGCUCGCCCAUGUACCAAGCACGGCGAUCUCGUGGUUCUCAUCGAUCCGCGGCCUUGUGAAACCCGUCGGCUCGCCCCCGACAUCCGAACUGCCACCGGCGCUUGUGAAGCCCCCAACAAGCCGGCUGCCUUCUCAGCUUGAGUUGGAAGUGCACGACUUCACACGCGAGGAAGUCGCAGAGAAGAAGGCAUUCUUGCUCAAUGAUAACGGCCAGGUUGAUUAUUACCUGCGCUCCGGAACAGGCCCCUUGGAGAUUCAGUAUCUCAACAUGCUCAGUGCGCACACUAGCUACUGGGCGAACAACGACCUGAUCCGUUUGCUGUGCAUGGAGAUUGGUCGGGAGCCUGGAAGAGAAAAUACGUUGCCGGCGUUAAGGGCUGUCAAAUUGACAAGGAGAGAUCGCCUCAAGAAGUAG